AUGGGAGACCCAGAACCGGACACCAAUGCGCUGAUACACGACAUGGAGAAGAUAUCUGAAAUGGCACGAUACUUUUCCACAUAUAUUCCACACCUCAAGGACGACCUCGUACACAGCGUCCGUGAUCCCUGCGAUCGAGCUAUCGCGACCGUCGUCGAGCUCGGCGAUGCCGCUCGCAACCUCGCGCUCAUCCCUGCCUCCUCCGUCUCGUCUCAGCGCUCCGCCGUGCUCUCCGCACGAAAGGUGGCCGCACAGGCGCACGAGCAGUUCGAAGCGGUCCAUCAACUCGCUCGCUCGGCUCUGGAGCAAGCAAACGGGACGGCGGUCGAGGUUGCGUACUGGUCAUCGAGGGCCAUGACCUGCCGUCGCCAGGUUGACGACAGAACCAGCUUGUUGCAGCAGGAGAUCCAGAGGGCGGAGGAGCAGGUCAGGGCUUCUCAGCAAACUGUGGACGUUGCCCGGAGGGAUGUUGAGCAAGCUGAUUCAGCGCGCUCGCGUGCGAGACGUGAGAUGGAAGGGAUGCAGGUUGCGGCAGUCGCGAGACACUUUUUGACGUUCGGCCUGGGCACAUUCCUCGACUUGGGGGAUAUUUUCAGGCGUAUGAGGAGAUUAGAUGAGUUGAUUGACACCGCGUCUCGCAACCGCGACGAUGCGCAUCGUCAGCUGGGUAACGCCAAAGAACAACUGUCCGACCACCAGGGCUCCAUUCAGCGAUUCAAUGCCCUUCAGGGCCAGCUGAGUGAGUUGGGGCCACAGCUGGAGGGCGCCCGUCAGGCGCUCGAGCGUGAUCGCCAGCACAUGGCGGAGGUUGUGAACACCGCGUUCGACGUGUCCGUCUUUCUCGGGGGGAUAGCAGCACAGACGGCGCCUUGGGAUGCGAUACACUCUGCGUCUGGGUUCGUGACCGCGAUCACGAGGCUGCAGGGCCUCGUCGAGGCGAAUGCGAGCUUGACUAGCAUAUUUGUCACCGAUGCCGCCCUUCUCGAUAGCUCCCUGCGGUUGAUAGCGAGUGCAGACGCUGGCGCGAUGGUCAGCGGUUUGUGUUGA